AUGCAGGGCAAUGUCACAAAGACAGAGAAAGAAGUGGGAUUCACUCUUGUCACUAUCAGCAGGGGUGCUUCCCAUGGGGUCGAGGUUGGGGACCGCUUCGCCCUCUACAGACCGGAUCAGUUCACCUUCGGCUUACUUAACCCUGACGAGGAGCGAGCUGCCGAAGCUAUCAUUCUCGAGGUCACCAACAUGACGGCUGCUGCGCGAGUUCCGACCACAUCUAACCUUGCCAAUAUUCCCAAGGUUGGUUGGUUCGCCGUUUUGGUCCAACGCAACCAUCGCCCCGUCAUCUACGUUGACACCGUCAAUCUUUCUGAUCAAGCAGCUACUCGUCUCCAAAACUCCUGGAGAGAAUUGCCGGAAGACCUAUUGCGCCCCACGGCUGACUUGAGACUACACUCUGAUCCGGAUAUUGUCCCAGAAGUCACUUGUCCUGACACCUUUUACGUCAAGCCCUCUGAGGAUGGGACAAAUCUUGUGGUCCACAACAACAACACAGAGAUAAUGGAGAAUGUCCCCAGCCUCGACCAUAACGACGACAGCAUCGCUAGAACACUCUCCCUCAUCGUUCAACACCUCUCCCCUUACCAGCGUCUCACCAACCUCGCCGCCCGUGAAGAUUCCACAAAUCCGUGGAACCCUAGGUACGAAUUCGAGAUAAAACGGAUCCACGAUGUCAACAGGUCCAACAGCCCCACGCUUCCCGCCAAGGUGCAGUACGGGGUCGUCUUCAAAAACACCGAACCCCGCCCUACCCGGAUACUAAACCAGGAAGAGGAAGCCCUCACCCAAUUCAUUACCAUCUUCAACCUUGAUCCAACCUAUGGCAUAACACAGAUCUUCCCUGACGAAGGCGCCGACAGCUUCGAAGUCUACCCCAGAGAGGCCAUCGACCCCAAGUUGAAGCUCAACAUCACAGUCCCCCCACAGCUCCAAGCCGCCUCCCAACAACCAGGCUUCCAAAUGCACGACAAGAUUAUAGUUCUCAUCUCGAGCAAGGCGACAAACUUCCGGCAUUACUCCCAGCCAGACCUUCACGCCUGGCUGCAUCCGGAGGAUGCCCGCGAGGACGUAUUCUUCAAGAAGAUCACCCCGAAAGGUCAGAACAACAUGCCUUCGCGGCAGGCCACGAGAGCAGAAGAAGAAGAGGUACAGAACUUGCGAUCUCUGGAUGAGUUCAAGGUUGCGACGUGGGAUAUUAUCACUACGCAUGAGGACUUGUACCCUCAGGUCGAGACCAACACCGGCAACCACACCCAACAUCAACCACCCUCUCGUGUUGUCCCUGUCGCCCAGCCGAUGGUCGAGGCACAUGCCUGA